GUUCCGGAUAUCGCGUGAAUUGUUGACCCGGGGCGGGGCGUCUCUGCGCGCCUACGUAAAAGUCCCGGCCGGGCAGAACUCGGGUCACCCUGAGCUGCCGACCGCGACGCGAUGCUGAGCAAGUUCCUGGGCCCGCGCUACCUCGAACUGGCCAAGAACUGGAUUCCCACGGUGGGCAUGUGGGGCACUGUGGGCACCGUCGGGCUAGUGUGGGCCACUGACUGGCGGCUGGUUCUGGACUGGGUGCCCUACAUCAAUGGCAAGUUUAAGAAGGACAACUAAUUAAACUGACCCUCCUCAGAGCCCUCUGGUGAUUGGUGGCGACAGCUUCCAUCUCAGUACCUGCUGCGUCUGGAACACCCCCAGCCCUCUGCAUGGAUCUUGAAGAGAUCCACAGUGUGACUUUGGACUUUCCAUGUUUCUGAACGUAACUUUGAUGUAUGAAUGCAUUAAACCUUACUCUGCAACCUGC